AUGUACAGAAACUUGUUAAAGAAUCCCAAUGGAGAUGAGGACCUGAAGUUUUGGGAGCUGACAAAAAAUGGCGGAAAUGGUUGGAAGGUGGAGGACAUGCCAGGAGACUGUGGCCAUGACUUUGUCAAUGACAAAGUAAGCAAAUACUUUGCAACGUCUCACACGCUAUGUCUGAAGAGACAAGUCAUAAAUCUGCUGAAAGAGGGAUAUUCAGCUGAAGAUCUGGAUGGGCAGCCCCAAGUCAAAGUUUCUGACUGGUACUGUGGGCGGAGAGACUGUAGCUCCACCUACCAAAUAACUGUGACUUUACUGGAUAAAAACCAGGAGUUGAUACAGAAGUUUACACCAGAGCCUGUGACUCUGUGCCCAAAGAGAAAUGACUGCUCAUGGAGAGAGAUCAGCCACAGUUUUACAAAGUAUGGACGUGGACUUCGGUUCAUCUCCUUUGAACAUGGAGGCAAAGACUGCCAAUUCUGGGCCGGCUGGUAUGGAGUAAGAGUCACUUCCAGCUCCGUUACUAUUGAAUUAGCUGGAUAUGACAAUGACUGGAAAUACAACCUGGACUUACCAUCUAUGGGAGUCUGCAUCAUCAUCAACAACAAGACCUUUAAAGUGCCUAGAGCGGGAUCCGAUAAGGAUGCAGCAGCAGCAAAGAAGACGUUUACUGAUCUGGGAUAUAAAGUCACUGUGUACAACGACCUCACCGAGAAGCAGAUGAAGACGGUGAUGAAGGAUGAGAACCACACGGUGAUGGAGGAGGUGAUGGAGGAGGUGAUGGAGGAGGUUAUGGAGAAGGUGAUGGAGGAGGUGAUGGAGGAGGUGAUGGAGGAGGUGGUGGAGGUGUUGAGAUCCUUCGAGGUGGUGGAGGUGUUGAGAUCCUUCGAGGUGGUGGUGGUGUUGAGAUCCUUCGAGGUGGUGGAGGUGUUGAGAUCCUUCGAUGUGGUGGAGGUGUUGAGAUCCUUCGAGGUGGUGGUGGUGUUGAGAUCCUUCGAGGUGGUGGAGGUGUUGAGAUCCUUCGAGGUGGUGGAGGUGUUGAGAUCCUUCGAGGUGGUGGUGGUGUUGAGAUCCUUCGAGGUGGUGGUGUUGAGAUCCUUCGAGGUGGUGGAGGUGUUGAGAUCCUUCGAGGUGGUGGUGGUGUUGAGAUCCUUCGAGGUGGUGGAGGUGUUGAGAUCCUUCGAGGUGGUGGAGGUGUUGAGAUCCUUCGAGGUGGUGGAGGUGUUGAGAUCCUUCGAGGUGGUGGAGAACCACAGUCAAAACGCAUCCUUUGUUUGUGUGAUCUUGAGCCAUGGAAGUGAGGGCAGAAUCUGUGGGACGGAUGGCAGUACAACGCUGAAAAGCCUCACCAAACCUUUUAAAGGGGAUCAGAGCAAUCAGAGCCUCAUAGGAAAACCCAAACUCUUCUUUAUCGAGGCAUGUCGUGUUUUAAAUAAGAAUCCUCGAAAAGAGGAAGAAGUUGUGGAAGAAGCUGUGGAACAUAGUUGCGGUCCACAUAAUAUUCCGGUGGAUGCAGACUUCCUCUUUGCCUACGCCACGGAUCCAGGUCACUACGCAUGGAGGGAUAAGACAAAUGGCUCCUGGUUCAUUCAGUCUCUUUGUGAGAUGAUUUCAAAACACAAAGACCUGGAGCUGUUGCACAUCAUGACUCGAGUGAACAGAAAAGUGGCCUUUGAGUUUCAGACUCACAACUCCAAGGACCCGAAGUUAGACGGCUUAAAGGAAAUCCCCUGCUUCACCUCCAUGUUGACCAAAGAUUUCUAUUUCUCCAAAAAACCUUAA